AUGAUAGAUGAUUAUAAAUCUUUGGAUGAUGAACUGUUGAGUAGAUAUCAAAAAGUUGUGAGACCAUGGUCUGUCAAGUUUAUUAUGUGUCUUUGUAAAUCGAUAGGUGAGACAAUCAUAUAUGCAAUGUUGAUUCCGAGGAUGUGGUUCUCUGCGCUUUUCUACUUGGUUGGCUACCAGUUGAAUUCGUCGUCGUGUAUCAUCUAUAGGAAUGUCCGAUACUCAAAGAACCGGUCUCGCAAUAUCAUGGAUAUCUACAUGCCGAACCGCCGUGAGGAAACUCGUGACAAUCCGGUGAUGGUGUUUAUUCACGGCGGUGGCUGGUCCGCCGGUUUCAAGACGCAGUAUGUCUGCUUGGGUCGACGACUCGCACUGCACGGCAUAACAACGGUGAUUGCCAACUACACGCUCUAUCCACAGGGCAGAAUCGAACAGCAAGUCGAAGACAUCGACGAGCUCAUAAAGUAUAUCGGCAAUAACAUAACAAAGUACGGUGGUAAUGUCGAUGACAUUACACUGAUGGGACAUAGUGCUGGCGCUCACAUUACAUCGUUGUAUCUGGCGACAAAGUACGAUCCAAAGAACGUUGCCAUCAAGAACUACAUUGGAAUAGCAGGUAUAUUCGACGUACCCGACCACUUUAUCCAUCAAGCCAAGAUGGCAUUCGAAAAGAAAUCGGAUAUGACCAGAUGUUGCAACGGUCCUACAGGAUUCAAAAAAGCAUCUACUACCUACCAGCUCUUACAACAUCCCGAUAAAUCAGUUGAUUUACCAUCAAUGUAUUUCUUACAUGGUAAUAAAGAUACAGUUGUGUCAAUGGAUCAACCUAUUGGUUUAUGUAAAGUGAUUCAACAAAAGUCUAAAAGUCAUACACAAGUUCUGCAGUACGAUGGUAUGAAUCACUUUGAUAUUAUUAUUCUUUUGCAAGAUCAAGAUACUGCCAAUCCAUUGUGUGAACCAUUUAGUAACGAAUGUGGGUCAGUCACCAAAAGACAUAAACUAUUUCAACUAAAAAUAAUGAUUUCCAAUCAAAUCGAUCAUCACAAGAAUGAAGCUGCCACCUUUAGCUCUGAACACGAUCAUGAGGAUCUUGAAUCAAAGAUGGAGAUUACCGUUGGUCAAAUUGUAAUUAGAUCCGACUUUUCCAAUGUCUCAGCUCAGGAGCAAGCCAAAAUCAUCUUGGAGCGUUUCAAUGCUGGAAUCAAGAACUCUGCUUUCACUGAUAAUCCAGCACUCGGUAGAGCUUUGGAUCGUGUAGAUGUCAGUUACUUUGCUAUGGGUCACCGUAAUCAAGUCGCAGAGUUGCUCGAUCCAAGAGGUCAAAGAUUUGCCUUGACUUUAACACCAGAUCCAACUGUUACUAUCAAGUAUUUGGGUGAGGUUGCCAAGACUGCUCAUUAUUUCGGUUCCUACGGUAAGCAUGUAUUGAAUGUUCCAGCCGGUCACUACGCAAAGGCAUUCUCAAAGAACAGACCAAUUCUCUAUGGUGAGGGUCCACAUGUUAUUAUCGAUCCAACCUUUGAGUUCAACGAAGGAUCAGGUUUCAUCAGCUCCAACGAGCCAGUCAUCGAGCAUCAAACUAUCAAUAUCUUGAGAAUUCCAGCCGGUAAGGUUGCCAAGGUUUGGUUGGGUACUCAACCAGUCAUCUUGGAGUCACGUCGUGAUCCAUACGUCUUUGUCGACGCUCAAUUCCGUUUGGUAUCGCCAGACGGUGGAAAGAAGACCGGAAUGUUCUACAACUCGAUCGACACCUACAUUGAGCAUGGUUCCAUCAAGCGUAUCAUCCCACACACUGGUGAGGUCGCUAUCACCUACAACAACGGUAUCCUCACCGUCAUUCCACCACCAAAGGACGGUAAGCCAGUCAUCAUCAACAGCGCCACUCACAACUUUGACGGUUUCAUCUCAACCUCACUCCAAACCUGCUUGUUCCCAAGUAAGGAGACCAAACAACAAGCCAUGGACGACAACAAAAACAACAAGUCUGUCAACAGCGAUGAAAUCAACUUGAAGAUCUUCCAAACCAGAGAUUCAUUGAGAGUCGGUGUCGUUUUGAUCGUCGCUUUCAAAAUUGUCGAUCCAGAGCUCGCUGUCACCAAGCUCGGAAAGGAGGGAAUCUUGCCACACAUUGAAAACGUUUCCUUUGCUGACAUGGGUAAAGCCAUUCAAUUGUCCACCCUCCAAGAGGUCAUGUACUUCAACAACACUAAGCCAGGUGCUGCCAACGCAGAGGAAACUCAACUCCAAACCAUCCAAGAUCGUGUCAAGACCAAUUUGGCCAAGGAUUUGUCAGAGUACGGUAUUGAAUUGGCCAGACUCCAAAUUGAGACAAUGAAGGUUCUCGAUGAGGAGAUCGCCAAGAAGUUGGCUGGUCAAUCCGUCACCACCGCCGAGUACACCACCAAGCAAGCUACCUUGGUAAAGGAGUACGAUAUCAAGACUACCGAGGCCAAGUUGAAGGCUGAGACCGACAACAUUGCUUUGGUCCAAAAGAACAAUGCCAUCAUUGCCGAGGCUCAAGCCAAGUUGCAAUCCGCUCAACGUGAAGCCGAAGCACUCUUGAUUGCUGCCGAUGCUGCCCGUAAGGCUCAAGAAAUGAAGGGUGAGCUCUACUCCAAGUACCCACAACUCUUAGAGUUGAAGAUGGCCAAGAUCAAAGCCAAGGCACUCAACAGUGCUACCAUCUACAUUACACCAGAUAAUGUUGGUAAUUUUAUGAGUUCACCAUUGGUUUUCUUUGACCGUGUGAAUGCUGCUUCCAACCCAAAGAAGACAAUCGAAGAAAAAAAAUAA